CCGCCCCCGGCUCCUCAUCGUCCCCCUUCGCUACUUAAACCAUGGCAGAGUGCCUCGACUCCCUCCCUCCUCCCUCACCAACAAAAUCUAACGCGCUCUGACUCUCGCCUACAAUCUCGCUUAAAAAAAGACUUGAGAGAACUUUGUUUUUUCUCUUUAGCUCUGCUUUUUUUUUUUUGUACUUUUAGCUUCAAUGGAGGGAGACUCUAGCAGGGUACGAGAGAAGGAAGUUGAUGACGCAGAAGGGAUCAAGGAUGGAAACGAGAACAACAAUAACAAGAAGAAGCGGAAGCAGAAGAAGAAGAAGAAGAAGAGAAGAUCGUCGAGUUUGGUGAGAUUUGGAUGCUUGAGAAUGGAAUCUGAUGAGAACGGAGGUGUUGACAUGGAAGUCGAGUUUCCGGGAGAGCGUAAUGAUCCUACUCAUCUAGUUAUCAUGGUUAAUGGCAUCAUUGGCAGUGCUCAGAAUUGGACAUACGCAGCAAAGCAGUUUUUGAAGAAGUAUCCGGAAGAUGUUAUUGUUCACUGCAGUGAACGCAAUUCUUCAAUGUUGACAUUCGAUGGCGUCAAUGUAAUGGGCGACAGAUUAGCAGAGGAGGUUAAAUAUGUCAUAAGCCGUCACCCAAGUGUUCAGAAGAUAUCUUUUGUCGGUCAUUCAUUAGGUGGCCUUGUAGCAAGGUAUGCCAUUGCGCGGCUUUAUGCACAAGAUCUCACUCGAGAACUUUCUCAAACAAAUGGAGAUUGUGGAACUGAUCAUUUGGGAGAUUCAUGCCCUGAAAACAAAUUCAAAGGCAAAAUUGCUGGACUAGAGCCCAUUAAUUUCAUAACAUUUGCAAGUCCGCACCUUGGUUCUCGGUGGCAUAAACAGAUUCCAUUGUUAUGUGGCUCCCAUGCACUGGAAAAAGUUGCUGCUCGCACAUCUUGGUUACUUGGUAGAACUGGGAAACAUUUGUUUUUGACUGAUGGAAAGGAGGGAAAACCUCCUCUUCUUCUCCAGAUGGUUAGCGAUUGUGAAGAUCUUAAAUUUAUGUCUGCUCUGCAGUCCUUCAGGCGUCGUGUUGCGUAUGCAAAUGCAAGUUUCGACCAUAUUGUUGGGUGGAGUACCUCUUCCUUACGGCGUCGAAAUGAGCUUCCAAAGAUUAAACAUCUUCCAAGAGGUGACAAAUACCCGCAUAUCGUAAAUGUGGAGACAGCAAAAACUGCCACUCUUGAUGAAGUCCCUUCAGAGGCCAAAGUCAAUGGACAAGAGAAGAUAAACAUGGAAGAGGAAAUGAUCAGGGGCUUAACAAAAGUGAGCUGGGAGCGGGUUGAUGUUUACUUCAAAGGAAGUCGACAAAGACUUCUUGCACACAGCACCAUUCAGGUGAAAAACUACUGGGUUAAUUCUGAUGGAGCUGAUGUAGUCGAACACAUGAUUGACAAUUUUCUGUUAUAAGAGGUGCCAGUUUGUUGUUUAUUACUAUAUAUAAUUGCCAAUGGCUUUAUUUUUUGGUCCAAUGGCAUUCAAAAAGAGGGACGUCAACUAAGAGAAGAAGGAGGUGAAAUACCAUAUGUCGUUUAUCAAAAAGCAUAUAGAGAGAGAGAGAUUAGUCCCUCUGUAAAGGAAAGUAGUAUAGCAUCUCAAUGUAAAUUUAUGUAUUACAAGUAUAAACGUUCAAAAUAUAUAAUAAUCGUAGGUCUCCUUCGUGUGAUGUGGAGAUGGGUUACUUGCUAUUAAUGUGCGCCCGACGCUGGAAAAAACAUUUCUUAGUUCAGCGGUUUAACCUGCUU